GUUUCUCUUCACCUCAUCAACUCAAUGAUUACCCAAUAAUCCGUGAAACGAUAGCCACAGAUUAAACCGAAUCAAAAGAUGAAAGUCGAUCGCAGUCACAGAAGAAUCACCGCCGCCGCCGUGAUUUCACUCGUCUUGUUACUCAGUCUCUCUCUGCUGCCCGCACUGAAUCUUCAUCCCAAUGCAAAGCGUGGCUCGUCCAAUCCAUCCCCACCGACAUGCCGGCUCUCCACCGCGUCCCCGGCGUCCUCUCCACCGCGGAUGUGUUGGAAUGGCUGGCGAAGAACUCGACGGAGAGACUGGACGUAAUUGCUCAGUACUGGCAGCUAAUUGCGCAGCCUGAAGAUCCUCGUUCCGGGGAUUUUGGGUACUCGAAAGAGGAUUUGCAGAGGUUUGGAGCUCAGGAAGGUGCUUCUGUUUAUGGCGCCAUAGACGAUGCUGCUAAUCGCAAUGUUUCCAUCAGGCUACUAUCCCACUCUGGUGUGUAUCCCGACUAUACCACAGAGCCAUCCAACCUUGCUUCAGGAAGGCCAAAUGUAAAGAAUGUGACUUUGUUGUUUAGUAAAUGGUGGGGGUCCGGCGUAGUCCAUGCCAAAGUCUGGAUAUCAGAUCGCCGAGACGUGUAUAUUGGAUCCGCAAACAAUGACUGGAAAUCUCUUACACAAGUGAAGGAACUUGGAAUUUAUCUCGUUGGUUGUCCGAAAAUAGCAAGAAACGUUGAGACCUACUUUGAAAACCUAUGGACACUUGCAUCUCUUGAUCCUACAACUCAUACGACAACUGUUUCAGAUAAGCAGUGGCAGGUUAACAGACAAGUUCCUUGCUGGUCACACUUCUUGGAUUCUAAAGCGCGGUGUAGUUCACCUCUUCCUCGAUCGGUGGAGACUCACCAUGUAGCAGGAUACCCUAUACUGAACGAUCCCUACAUGUUCAAAUUGCCGCUGCAGACUCCUGGGUAUAAUGCUUCAAGCUUGCAGCCUCAGUCCAGCUAUCUCUCUUUUGCUCCACCAGAGUUGACAUUUGGUAGGUACCAGGCUGAUGAACAGGCUUGGAUAGAGACUAUUCAUUCUGUAAGAAGUGGAGGAACGGUUCGGAUUAGUACCAUGGACUGGCUUGGUCAGUCCCAGUAUACGAAACCAACGGUUUACUGGUCAUCCCUCUCCUCUGCAAUAUCUGAGGUUGUAUUCUCAAAGAAAGCAACAGUGAAAAUAUUGGUAGCAUACUGGGCACAUUUUAUCAACGGCACAGACCAGUACCUAAAAUCUCUUCUCUACUCCAACGUCCUUUGCUCUUCGUCUACGUAUAACCAUUGCGCUGGGAAAGUUGAGAUCAAGUACUAUGUAGUCCCGGGUUUCAAUUUGACCGGACCUGCCACUGCCAAUGGUACUGACACCAGAAACAUAUACCGGUACACCAGGGUCAACCACGGAAAGUAUGCAGUCAGCGACGUUCGAGCUCACAUAGGCACGAGCAAUCUCAUUUGGGAUUACUUUUAUACAACAGCUGGUGUCAGCUUUGGUACAUACAACCCUGCCAUUGUUUCUCAGCUUCAAGAAGUUUUCAACGCCGACUGGGAUUCCCCCUAUGCCGUGCCAGUUGAAGAGCUGGGAGAAGAGAAAUUAUUAGUCUCCGAGGAAGUACGUGAGUCGGAGAGGAAGAAGCUCUCUCUCUCCUCACAUAGCCUUUUCUGCUCAGCCAAGCUAUGCCCAAUACGACGACGUCCAGGACCUGGUUACGGUGGAGGGAAGAGCUAAAUCGAGAGCAGCAAUUCUCAACAAUUCCAUGGCAGCUCGACUAAAGAGACUGUAUGAAUCAUGGGAGGAUAACCCGGACAUUGGAUUUGUCUUGAUGAAGGGAAGCGGGAGGGCCUUCUGCUCUGGCGCAGAUGCUGUUAGCCUCUAUGAACUAGUUAAUGAAGGUAGCUAUCAUGUAUGGUACCACCAUGGGAGCUGGGGCUGGAAUUGCAAUCCCAGGAAUGUUUUGGGUGGUGACUGAUAAAACUAUUUUUUCGAAUCCAGAGGCUCAGAUAGC